AUGAGCGCGCCCUACAGCUACGCGAACAGCGACUCUGGGUCAGACAGCGACGACGCACCCGAGGCUGUCAGCUUCUCGAGCUCGCGGCAGGGCAGGAGGGACGACGAGCGUAGGGAGAGGGAGGCGAGGGAGAAGCUUGCACGGGCGAAGAAGGAGCGCAACAGGGCAAAGGCGAGGCAGCAGCAGGACAAGGGCAAGGGCAAGGCCAGGGCGGCCGACGAGGACGUCGAAGAGGACGACGAGGAUGCAAAGUUUGCAGAGGAGGAAUUUGAGGAACUCGCAGAGGAGGAAGAGGACGACGAGAACGACACCGCGACCGCUCCCCCUCCUCAGCUCGGCAAGAAGACGACCUACCUCGACGACUCUCUCUUUGCCGAAGCAGCCGCGCACUAUGCUCCCGACGAACGGGUUGCACCGGGCAUGGGCAAGAAGGCGAUGCGGAGACAGGUUCGCGAGGAGAAUCGGCGCAAGAGGGAGGAGGCCGCGAGGAAGAGGGACGAGUUGCGCGAGGGAGGCGCGCAGCAGGUCGGGGACAUCACACUACAACACCUCCCCUCCUCCUCAACCGGCCCAGCCUCGCUCUCCUCCACCGCCCUCCCCUCGCACAUCUCUGCCACCAAAUUCCUCACUUCCCGUCUCUACUCCAAAAAGCGCCAAGUAGCAGUCCUCGACGCCGGCCGACCUUCGCCUUCCGCCGCUACGAACCCGAAGAAGCAGAAGCGCAAGGGGGGGAUGAGUCUCGAGAGUCGGAUUUUGCUUGGGUUGGAGGACGAGGAGAGUGCGGAUGUGGCGAAGGAGAAGGAGAAGAGGAGGAAGAAGAGCUUGUUGUUGCAGGCGGAGGGGCAGAGGAAGACUGCCACCUCCGCCCGUCCGCUCGCAUCCGCGCGACGAGGCGCCAAACCGGCAGCCAACUUUGCCGUCUCGACCUUCCGCGGAUGA